UUUGUUCCUGUUAUAACCGCUUCUUUUCAGGUACAGUUUCAAGGAGAGAAAAUAAAAGACACAUUGUUUCGAGAAACAGACUUCUAUCUCGACAACAUCGUCUACAAAAACACUUCCUGCACCAACAAGCCACCGCUACAUUACUCGUCUACAACUUCUCCCUUUCUAACUACAUUUCGAAAAUCCAGUACAGUGUUAAUAUUAAGAUCACAUCAAACUACAGAAACUGUCGUCGAUGUAGUGGACAGCGCGGUGACGACAGGUACUGCAGCUGCUGUCGUUGCUAGCGCCAUGGUCAUUGCUGCCGUCGUUGUAGUCGUCCGAUACUACUUCAAAAUAUGUCCUGCUGUAACAGGACUCUGUUUCGGAAGAAACGUUCUACUCGAAGACAUCUUGAAAAUAAUCCUCCAAUCGCAGCCUCUAAUCAACUCUAUAACAUGGUUGGUUUUACUCGCAACAGCACCGAUCCUUCCCGCGACAUCCACAGCAUACAGCAACUGCCGGCGGCUGAACCGGAAGUGAAUAUCUACUCCGACAUCGUGUACAUCGACACGACCCUCCCGAAAGGUAACCAAGGGUCACUGAUGGCCAGCGCCAACCCCUACUGGGUCAGUGAGCCUGUGCAAACCUCCAGCCUGGUGGCGAUGAAAUCGUCGAUGCAAUCUGAGGCGACAGAGGAGACGAUAUAUCAAAACACGGACGCUAAGGAGCACCCGGGGAAGGAGUUUGAUCAGGACGAGAGUUAUCUGACGCCUUGUGAAGGAGAGAUGAAGAUGGAGAGGGUGUACCAGAAUGUGGAUACGAGUCUAUGAACAUAUGAUGCCUGUAUCAAAUCUCGAAGUAAUCUCCAGAAUCAGGCGCGGGAUUCCUGUUUUGUAGGAUGAAUGAACUGAC